CGUACUGCGACACAGAGCUAUUGAACGUCGAGUUUCCAAACCUUUGGAGCCUGAAGAUGUUCAUUUGCCUUCCCAUACUCUUCGGCUGUCAGACAAAAGUGAAGCCUGAGGGUGAACAAGGGUUAUGGCAAUGCCCUCGUUGUCACAACGCCUCCGUUAUUUCUGCGAAAACCACUACUUGGUUUGAGCUAUUUUUCAUACCUCUGGUUCCAUUCUCAAGCAAGCACGUCUGGAUGUGCACCAUCUGCCAGUGGAGUGCUCCGAACACGAGUCGUGGCAAUGGUGGUCCCUUGGGUGGUCCUCAGGCGUCCACGAGUUCACCUCAUCAAGCGGGCUAUCAGCCCAGUUAUGUCAAUGUCAAACCUUGAGUAGGCUAUGUAAUAAUAAAUAUGUAAAAUAAAAUUGCCACGUGCACAU